CGGCCCGGCAAUCCCCACCCCCAUCCCAAUUCCGGAAGUUCGCGAGCCGAAAAGAUGGCGGCUGUGGCUGUGCCGCUGCAGGGCUUGCGCCGCUUGUGUCGCGUGCUGCUGUUCCUCUCGCAGUUCUACAUCCUGUCGGGCGGCGGGUCCUUAAAUGUAGAGCCUUCGCAGCCGCUGGCUCAAUCAGUCAAGGAUCCGGGCCCGACACGUACUUUCACAGUAGUUCCCAGGGCAGCAGAAAGUACCGAUAUCCCACCUUAUGUGACGAAGUGUCCAAGCAAUGGUUUGUGUAGCAGACUUCCCGCAGACUGUAUAGAGUGCAAGACCAAUUUCUCCUGUGUCUAUGGGAAGCCUGUCACUUUUGACUGCACAGUCAAACCUUCUGUUACCUGUGUUGAUCAAGACUUCAAAUCCCAAAAGAACUUCAUCAUCAACAUGACUUGCAGAUUCUGCUGGCAGCUUCCGGAAACAGACUACGAGUGUUCCAAUUCCACCAGCUGCAUGACGGUGUCCUGCCCGAGGCAGCGCUACAUUGCCAACUGCACUGUGCGGGACCACAUCCACUGCUUGGGUAACCGUACUUUUCCGAAAAUGCUUUACUGCAACUGGACUGGAGGUUAUAAGUGGUCUACUGCUCUGGCUCUGAGAUUUAUAGAAAAGUUCCAAACAGAGAGUUCCUGUACACUUCUCACCCAGUUUCCCUCAUGUUGUUAACAUCUUAAAUUGCCAUGGCACAUUUAACAGCUGACUUUUGAAAAGUAAGAAUAGUUUUCUUCUCUGGGCUCAACAUGGUUUCUUUCAGAAUAUUCACUGUGAAUGUGAUACUGUCUAGUGUUUGCCUUGCAGUACUCAGGACGGGGGAGGGGAAGAUGUAGAUGGGUUGGACACAUGUUGCUAAUUAUUGGAGCUAGGUCAUGGGUGCUAUUCUCUUUUUACUUUUAUAUGUUUUGGAAUUUUUCAUAAUAAAAACUUUAAAAAAAUACAAUGAAAAGUUGUCUGCGUAUUGUUAGAUCUUAUAAUUUGAAGUCACCUUAAAAGCUGUUUAUUCCUAACACAACAGUUUUAAAGAUGGGUGACUGAUAAAGUUAACAACUUGAUCUGGAGCAGCCAGAGGGUGUUAGCUGCCUCUCAGUGCCACCUCUGGCCUCUUCGUCCCUCCACUUUCUCUUAGACUGGCUCCUGCUUUGCUCUCUUGAAUACGUCAUUUUCAAGAUUAAAACAGCAACAAGCCCGAUUAUUUUCUUCUAAAAGAGAAGCGUUAGAUUUCAGUACAGCUAAAAAGUAUUUGACAUUUAAACAGUCUUCUUGCCCAAGAUUGUGUAGUGUUGUAAAUUUGUGAAAUAGUCAUGUGUCCUGAUUAAGGGUUCUGGUGAUUUGAGGCCCUUUCACAAGUAUGAAUUAGCCUAGUUAUUGAGCCACAGCUGGUGUAGAUGGGGGUACUGUGAUGGAUUCCAGCCUGUUUUCUG